GAAUUCGAAAACUCUUUGGAGAAGGAAGAUGAAGUGUUCUUAUUGUUUUCUAAAGAGGAACACGAAGGUUUUGUCCAACAAAACCCUAGGCUAGCCGCAUUGAUCAAGGAGUAUGAAGAUGUUUUUUCUAAUGAAUUACCACAAGGGGUGCCUCCUAUUCGUGAUGAGUUGAGUGGAGCUCAAGUGUUUUCCAAGAUAGAUUUGAGGAGUGGAUAUCACCAAAUUAGAAUGAGGGAAGGUGAUGAAUGGAAAACAGCCUUUAAAACUAAGCAUGGUUUGUAUGAGUGGCUUAUUAUGCCAUUUGGAUUAACAAAUGCUCCAAGCACCUUUAUGAGACUUAUGAAUGAAAUGUUGAGGCCAUUUUUGGGGAAGUUUGUAGUUGUUUACUUAGAUGACAUUCUCAUCUAUAGUAAAAAUGAGGAGGAGCACUUGAAACGCUGGGAAGAGAUUUUCAAAACCUUGAGAGAGCAACAAUUGUAUGGGAAGUUGGAGAAGUGCCAUUUUUUGCUAACGGAUACUGUUUUCCUUGGUUAUAUUGUUUCAGGUGAAGGAAUUAAAGUUGAUCCAAGCAAAGUGGAAGUCAUUUCUUCAUGGCCAAUUCCAAAAACAGUCACGGAGGUUCGUUCAUUUCAUGGACUUACUUCGUUCUAUAGGAGGUUUAUUGAACAUUUUAGCACCCUUAUGGCUCCCAUCACCGAAUGUACAAAGAAGGGAAGCUUUCAAUGGACUCCACAGGCUCAAAAGGCGUUUAAGUUGGUGAAAAAGAAGAUGUGUGAAGCGCCGGUUCUAGCCCUUCCAGAUUUCAUGAAACCAUUUGAAGUUGAGUGUGAUGCAAGUGGAAAAGGAAUAGGGGCUGUCCUAAUCCAAGAGAAGAAGCCAAUUGCGUUCAUUCAUGGACAAAAGAAGUUGAAUGCAAGGCAUGCUAAGUGGGUGGAAUUCCUACAAUCUUUCAACUUUGCAACCAAGUACAAGAAAGGCAAAACCAAUAUUGUGGCGGAUGCAUUAUCAAGAAGGCAUAAUCUUCUUGGAAUCAUGGAAACUAAAAUUCUUGGUUUCGAGGUCAUGAAGGAAUCAUACAAAGAUGAUCUUGAACUCAAGGAAAUCAUGGAGUCUUGCAAGAAUGGAGUCCACGGUUCAUUUGUCAUAAUAGAUGGUUUCCUUUUCAAAGGGAACAAACUUUGUGUUCCUAAAGGUGCAAUUCGAGAGUUGUUGAUCAAGGAAGCUCAUGGAGGAGGACUUGCUGGUCAUAUGGUGAAUAAGGGAGGUAAAGAUUGGGACUUGAAGUUAGCUCAUGCAGAGUUUGCCUACAAUAGAACUCCAAGCAAAAAUAUAAAUUAUUCACCUUUUGAAGUUGUAUAUGGUGUGAAUCCUUAUGUGCCGAUUGAUUACAUUUCGCUUCCUAAAGAUAAGUUCGUGCAUGGGACAGCCAAGGAGCAUAUAGAAUUCAUGAUUGAUGUCCAUAAAGAAGUUAGGAAGAACAUAGAAAAGGCAAAUGAGUCAUACAAGAAGCAAGCUAACAAAAACUUGAGAAAUAUGAAGAAGUUCGAAGUGGGUGAUCUUGUGUGGAUAUUCUUGCGCAAAGAAAGGUUUCCUAAACAAAGGAAACACAAAUUGAUGCCUAGGGCAGAGGGAACUUUUCAAAUCAUGGAAAAGAUCAAUGAUAAUGCUUACAAAGUGGACCUUGGAGGGCAAUUCGGAGUUUCAUCAACUUUCAACGUGGGUGACUUGGCUCCUUAUCUAGAAGAUGAUGAGUUGAGGGCAACUCUUUUAGAAGAAGGGGAGGAUGAUGCAAAUCAUGAAGAGUCCAUUAGUCCAAUCAAGCAUGAUCAUCCUACAAGUCCAAUUCACAAAGAAAUCAUUCUUGCUAAGUCAUUUGAAGAUCAAGUGUUAGAUACUUUUUGUGCGCAUGGACCGUUUCUUGCUAACCAAGGGUUUACUUGUUUACAUUCUGGUUAUGAAUUUUAA